GCCCCAUAUCGGCAGGUCGGCUCAUGAACCGUGUCCCGGUUCACCAGCUCCGUCACGGGUCCGGAGGGGCUUGGGGAUCCUUGACAUGGACUGUUCCAGAUGGGAGGGAUGUUGAACGAACUAGGAAACUGGAUGGCUCGUGGUCCGUCCUCCUGAUUAUGAUGCAACGUGGCGGCCGGAGCGAAACCGUUCGAUGAAGGUUCGUGUGGAUAACCGUCAAGACGAGGUUUAGAGAUAGAUCAUGCUUGAAGGCUAUAUCAAGGGCCUCGUGUCCGCUGAUAUCUUGCCAAUAUAACAGCCUGCUUAAUAGAGCAUUCCUCUGCUACACAUACAACGCAUACAAUGGCCUCUCUAUUAAACUCCCUUGGCAUCAAGCCUGAGACCACAGAUGACGGAGCCAACACCGUCAGAGCCCUACCAGCCUCUUGGUAUACGUCACAGGAGAUGUUCGAGCUGGAGCGCCGGGCCGUCUUCUCUCGAAAAUGGCUGCUGACGACCCACAAGCUGCGACUCCCAAACACCGGCGACUGGCUGCGGUACGAUGUAGCCGGCUUCUCGUUCGUGCUGGUGCGCGACCGCCAGGGUGAGAUCAACGCCUUCCACAAUGUCUGCCGCCACCGCGCAUUCCCCGUGGUCACGGAAGAUGGCGGGACGUCGCGGAUCUUCUCCUGCAAGUACCACGGCUGGUCGUACGGGCUGAACGGGAAGCUAGCCAAGGCGCCUGGAUACCAGGAUCUGGAGGGGUUCGACAAGAGCAAGAACGGACUGCUUCCGAUCCAUGUCCACAUCGACGCUAAUGGUUUCAUCUGGGUGAAUAUGGAUGGGAAGGAGAAGCCGGAUAUCGCAUGGGAGGACGACUUCAAGGGCAUUGACCUGCAGGAGCGCACCAAGGAUAUCAAGUGGGAAGACUACGAUUUCGACCAUGUCUGGGAGAUGGAAGGGGACUACAACUGGAAGGUCCUGGCAGACAACUACAACGAGUGCUACCACUGUGGCACUGCGCAUCCGGAUGUCUCUUCGAUUGCUGAUCUGUCGAGUUACUCGGUGGACACGAAGGAUGGGUCUAUCAUCCACGAUGGACACACGACGCCCGAGCAGAUUGCGGCAGGACUGAAGAUUUGCAGCACGUAUUACUUUCCCAACGCCUCGAUGACUGUCUCCCCGCACUUCUUCUUCAUGCAGCGCUUCGUGCCUGUUUCCGCGACGAAGACAAACAUGAAGUACGAAGUCUACCGCAACCGGAACUCCAGCGAGGAGGACUUUGAGAAGAUCAACAGCAUGUACAAGCGCAUCAUGAAUGAGGACAAGUACCUCUGUAACCAGGCGCAGAAGAACCUCAACGCCGGGGUGUUUGUCAGUGGCGAGCUGCACCCGACCAUGGAGAAGGGGCCACUUUACUUCCAAAAGUCGGUGCGGGACCUAGUGGUGCAGCACUUCGAGAAAGAACAGAAGGAGGGCCGAGAGAUCUGGCCCUCGCGCCAGUCGCUGCCCAAGGAGGCGUCCGUGAGCCAGCAGGACGAGCAGUUCUGCCAGAGCCUGAGCUGCAACCCUAACGGGGGCGAGUGCUGCUCGACGAUUGGCAGCCAGCCGGCGGCGGCAGUGGCCUGGUAGACGAUUGUUACAGUAGAUAGUGAAUUAGCGUUAUGAAUAUCAUGUCUGGCCAUAUCGUGUUCUCCUUAUUGGGGUUAAACAGCCUGUUAUCUCGGGCACAGUCCGAGCGUACCAAGAAUGCAGAGAGGGGAACCUGCGCCCCAGUUAAGCCCCAGUUAAUUUGCGUUUCCCAUUGGCAGCGCCCCUC